UAGGGAGCAGAUGGGGAGGGAAAGCGCGUGUCUCCAUCCAUAUAACCGGAGGAGAGGGAGGGUGCAUCGUGCAGAGGAGAAAGAGGAAUUGGAAUGACCCCACCUUGAGAGCACCUCCCUACUUUCAGAUGCACCGCGGCAACAGCUGUGACAUCCCAGAGGUGCCCCACCUUACGCCAUGGCCUCGGAGGGACCGUCGAGAUUGUCUCUUCUUUUGGGUGGAAUGGAAAGAGCUGCCAGGCAGCCACCUCAGGGUCUGGUGACCUUUGAGGAGGUGGCCGUGUAUUUCACGGAGGAGGAAUGGGCUCUGCUGGAUCCUGGCCAAAGAGCUCUGCACAGGGAAGUCAUGGAGGAGAAUUAUGAAACUGUGGCCUCUCUCGGUGAUAGACAGGCCAGUGCGAACGAUAGGGAGCCAAAGAUGGUGUCGGCGGCAACAGCCAAGCAUAAAGCAUGGAAAGAGAUGCCUGGAAGAGAAAGAGGACAUAAAAAGUGUGAAAAACAUGAGCCAAAGUAUUGGAGGAAGAAAUCCUCUACUUCUGUGGGUGCUGAUGUCUGUGAACUGCUUAUUCCAUAUGAAGACUACAAAAGAAACAGCAGGAAAAUGUCCUCAGUAUGUGAGAAGCUAUUUAGAUAUGAAUCAACAUUAAAUAGACAUUGCAGGAUCAAUGCACGGGAGAAACCAUUUAAAUGCAUGGAAUGUGGAAAGAGCCUCAGUCACAGCUUGGCUCUUAAUAUACAUCAAAGAACUCACACUGGGGAGACACCAUUUAAAUGUAUGCAGUGCGGAAAGAACUUUACUGUUAGUGGAACACUUAAUAGACAUCAGAGAAUGCACACAGGGGAGAAACCUUUCAAAUGCAUAGAGUGUGGAAAGAGCUUCAGACAGCGUUCCACUCUUAAUGUGCAUCAAAGAACUCACUCUGGGGAGAAACCAUUUAAAUGUAUGCAGUGUGGAAAGAGCUUUAAUGAUAGUGGAACACUUAAUAGACAUCACAGAAUCCACACAGGGGAGAAACCUUUUAAAUGCAUAGAGUGUGGAAAGAGCUUCAAUCAGAGUUUCACUCUUAAGGUGCAUCAAAGAACUCACACAGGGGAGAAACCUUUUAAAUGUACAGAGUGCGGAAAGAGCUGUAAUGACAGUGGAACACUUAAUAGACAUCAAAGAACUCACAUAGGGGAGAAACCAUUUAAAUGCAUGAGGUGUGGAAAGAGCUUUAAUGUGAGAACAAACCUUACUAAACAUCAAAGAACCCACACUAGGGCGACAUCAUUUCAAUGCAUGGAAUGUGGAAAGAGCUUCAGUGUAAGUUGCCAUCUUACUGCACAUGAAAAAACCCACACAGGGGAGAAACCAUUUAAAUGCAUGGAGUGUGGAAAGAACUUUAGGGAGAGCAGUAGCCUUACUUUACAUCAAAGAACCCACACAGGGGAGAAACCAUUUAAAUGCAUGGUGUGUGGAAAGAGCUUUAGUCAGAGCAGUAACCUUACUAGACAUCAAAAAACCCACACAGGGGAAAAACCAUUUAAAUGCAUGAAGUGUGAAAAGAGCUUUAGUGUGAAGAGUAGUCUUUCUUUACAUCAAAGAACUCAUACAGGGGAGAAACCAUUUAAGUGUAUGGUGUGUGGAAAGUGCUUCAUUAUGAGCAAUAGUCUUAUUAAACAUCAAAGCACACACACAGGUGAGAAGCCAUUUAAAUGCAUGGAGUGUGGAAAGUUCUUCAGUAUAAGCAGCAACCUUACUAGACACAAAAAAACCCACUCUGGGCAGAAACCAUUUAAAUGCAUCGAGUGUGGAAAGAGCUUUACUCAGAGCAGUAACCUUACUAGACAUCAAAAAAUCCACAGAGCACAAACCAUUUAAAUGCAUGAAGUGUAGAAAGCGCUUCAGUGAGAACAAUAGAUUAACAGCAUAUCAAAGAACACACACAGUGGAGAAAACUUUUAAAUGCAUGGAGUGAGGAAAGAGCUGCAGUCAGCCCUGUAGCCAGGGUGUGGCAAAUGGGCGCACUGCCACCCCUCAGAGUUGUGCUACCCCAUCCCGGAUACUUUUUUGAUGCUGGUGGGGGAAUUGUCAUUUUAAUUUGUUAGUGGAUAGACAAUGACCACCUCUAUUUUUAGAACAACAGUUUGUUUUAAGAACAGGAGCAAUUUAAGAAGACAACCCUCUCCAAAAUUCAGUUAAUUUGAUUUGAUUUUAAAAAGAAAGGACAGCUAACCUAAAUUUUGAUAAUUUUUUUACAUUACUUUAAUUCUAGGAAAAACUGAAAGCUGCAGCUGUUCUGAAGUAAGAUAUUUAGGUGCUAUGCAUUUUUUCCUUCUCUGAAAAUGUGUAUUAUAAACCUACAAUUCAGAAAGCUUUCUUGCAUGUUUAUCAAGCAUUUUUAUAAGUUUACAAAUGUAAGUCUAUUAUGCAGUAAAUAUUUUACAAAGUUAAGGGCUGGAUCUCUUUGA